CAAAGAUGCUCUCCACGCGUAUCCAGUGCGCACUAGCGCUCCUGUCCCUUGCGCUCGCAGUCAGCAGUGUCUCAGCAGCACCGACAGACGCCAAACUCCGCCAAUUUCUGCAGAGAUCUCUCCUCAACCCUGCUGGAAAACAGGAACUCGCCAGAUACACACUUGCAGACUUGCUCUCGGACCUCGUGCAAGCAGAAAACGAGGCGCUGGAGCCCGAGGAUCUGUCCCGCGCUGUGGAGAAAGAUGACGUCCGUCUGGAGCUCGAGCGCGCCGCCGGUCCCAUGCUGGCACCUCGCGAGCGCAAAGCGGGAUGCAAGAACUUCUUCUGGAAAACUUUCACGUCGUGUUAAUUUC